AGUCGUUCAGUCAUUGAGGAGACAUAAGACGCGCUCAACCAAAUAGUAUUCAGGCACAUAAAAUAUAGACUUAUAUUCAUGGUCGCCACCAAUUCGAAACGAUGCCUUAAUCACGGGAUUAAAUUACAAAAUUACAACAAAACUAAUAAGUAUUUGUUUUAUGUGAGUGUUCGCUGAGUUUGUUGCUCUAAUUUCAACUACCCGCAACCGCGAACACCAUCGAUAAGAUAAGAGCUGAGGCGAGGAACAAACCAUAACAAAAUUGAAGCAGUCAUGGCAAUGCUGCUGCUAAUGCUGCUGCUCCCAAUCUUUCUAGUCGCAGUGUCUGGGACCGCUGCCGUCAGCUGUCCGGCGUCAUGCAAGUGUUACUGGGUGGUCGAUAGCUUGUAUGCCAAUUGCUCCCGCCGCGGGCUGAGCGUCUAUCCAAGUUUCGACAAUGUGCCCCUUGAGCAUCUGGAUUUGUCGGGCAAUCGUUUCGAGGAGUUUCCAAUCCAAUAUGCGGAUAUGGAUUCCCUACUGUAUCUGGAUCUCUCUAAUAACAAAAUAGACAAUCUAGCGGCAAACGCCUUGAUUGGCUUCACAUCGCUGCGCACUUUGCUGCUGGCCAACAACUCAAUUGUUCUCUGGUCCGAGAUAAGUCCCAAUGAGGCUUUCAAGUAUGCACCCAGUCUAAAGCGUCUCAGCCUCAGCGGCAAUCGACUGGGCAGCUUUGCCAGCGCCGACUCCAAAAUGCAGCUGAACAGUCAAUCCCUGACCGAACUGGAUCUCUCAGCGGCUCAGAUCAGCGUCGUUGGCGGUGAUAUUUUGGUGAAUAAACUUCCCAACCUGCAGCGCCUGUCUCUGGCAAAUAAUCAGCUUACGCAGCUGCUACGCUUGCCCUCGAAAAGUUUACGCGAAUUGGACUUGAGCAACUGCGGCUUGCAACGACUGAGUUCCACAUUUUUUGAGGCAUUACCCAAUUUGGAGGUGCUGAAUAUAUCACACAAUACGGCUCUACAAUUUGGCAGCAUGGAUGAGGAUUUGAUUGUGGCCUACGAGCUGCUCAAACUGGAUGCAUCCUACUGCAAUCUCGAUCAGAUCGAUCUUAGUGGCAUGCCCGUGCUGGUGGAAGUGCGUCUGCGAGGGAAUCUAUUACGUUUAGUUGAUGAGCACACUUUUGCAAAUAAUACCAUGCUGGAGCUGGUUGACUUAUCCAAUAAUGUGGUGCGCCUGAUUGGUAAUGAGGCAUUCAGUAAGCUGAAGCGACUUAAGCAUUUGAACCUGGCCUACAAUGAGAUUGCCUAUCUGGACCGCAAUCUCAUACGCGGCAACGAUAUACUCCUGGAGCUGAACUUGAGUCGCAACAUCAUACAGAAGCUGACGAAGAUCGUCUCUAACUCGGUGCGCCUGAUAAACAUGAGCUGGUGUGAAAUAAGCUCAAUUGAGAACACAGCUCUCUCCAGUCUAUCGGCCAUUCAGAACUUGGACCUAUCCAAUAAUCUAAUCAGCGACAUACCAAAUUUAAUGCAUUCGGAGACACUGCAACAUCUAAAUUUGGCCAACUGCAGGCUUUCGACCAUUAGGAAUGGCACUUUUUCUGGCUUUCCCGAACUGGCAAAUCUGCAUUUGAAUGGCAAUCGAUUGACCAAUCCCAUACCGCCAGCAUAUUUUCGUGCCAACAAGUUUCUGGAUCAAAUCUGGCUGGGCGACAAUCCCUGGAUAUGCGAGUGCCAUAAUCCCAUGUUCGUAGAAUUUUAUGACUAUCUGACAGCUAAGCCCCCUAAGGUAGGCCAGGCAAAUGCCCAUUUAGAUAUUCACCCUGGUAACCAAAUUUUCCAACUGCUCCCACAGCUAAAGGAUCGUAUACAUUUGCGCUGCGCCUCACCAGCAGUGUUUUAUGGUCAGCUCUGGGAUUAUGCUUGCAUGUCGGUCUGGUCAGCAAGUGCACGCAGCAGCAGCGGGGAGAAGGUCUGGUCCGCCAUAAUGCUCACAAUUCUGGCCCUCGGUCUGCUGGCCCUGAUGCUUGGUUGCUUCCAGAAGAUGAUGCGUCAGCGCAAGAAGCGUAACAAUCGCAGGGAACUCAAUGAAAAUCAUGAGGAGCUCAGGCGCAUCCGUGAUCUCAACGACCGCAUGAUGCGUGAGGAGUCUUCGACGACGCUGCAGCAGACCAACGAGAUUAGUGUGUUGCCCUCGUAUGAAGACGCACUGCUUAUGCCCAAGCUGGAGCGACCCGCCAAGUCGAUGCUAGACCUGACCGCGACGGAGCGCAAACGCAAGCAGCUGCGCCGAUCCCAUACUCAUCCAGAUGGUGAUCACUCUGAUGGCGAGGUGGAACAGCAGCUGGACACUCACCAGAGGUUCCGCAGCGUGGAGAUGCUCUCGAAUCGAGACAAGGAGCGCAGGGCUCAGUAUGGACCACAUCGUCGCACCGGCUACAUGGAGUACAACACGCAGUCUGGCAGUCGACGCUUUAGCAUCGAGGACUCACGCUUUCCGGCAGCCCGUCUGAAGCAGCAGAAUCUGCAGAGCGCCGAACAAAUUGGUAACUUCCAGAGCUACGAGAACAGUCCGUAUACGAAACGCAAGCCAAAGAUAGCCGAGAUACCGCCGUUCAAGCGGGUUAAUAUGAUGGCCGAGAGUGUGGAGUUCCUCACCGAUCCCGAGUACGAGGAUUUAGGCGUUAAAUCGGGCAGCCCCUUCGCGAAACGUAAGCCUAAGUCACCACCCAGCAUUCAGGUCAGUGCUCAGGUCUAUACGGUGGGAAAGGGUCAACUGGAUCCGGCUGUGGAGGACUAUUUCAGUAGCGCACAGAAGAAAAAGGCAGCCUCCUCGUCUACCAUUGCCAGUGAUUUUCAGGAGCUAACCGAACCGGACAUCACCUCGCUGCCCGAUGAGAACCGAUCAAAUGACUCCACAUCCAACUCUAAGCUCAGCAUGGAGACCGGCAAACGGAAGAAGCGAAAGAACUCGGCUAGCCGCCGGGUCAGCGGUAACUUUAGCGCUGCGGCGGCCGGCGACAGUUCCUCCUCUUCCUGCGAGGAUGUGGGGAGGAAUGCACAAGUCCACAAGCCCAUGAGAGAAACCCUAUUUUAAGCACUCAAAACGACAAAUAUUCUAACUACGUAAACCUCUUAAGACUAAUUUAAAUUUCAUAUAACAAAUGCAUCUUAGAUAAAAUAUA